UUAAAAGAGUGAAUACAAAAAAACUAAAGGAUUUCAACUUGAAUAUGCAGAUUCGCUGUGAUCGAAUUGGUUGAUCGCUGUUAUUUUCAAACCCCGGAAAAGUUUUCUGUUGGACAAUGGGAGCUCUCUCUUAGAGCUCCUCUAAAAAGUGGGGACUUCCAAGUCAAACAUAAACUGCUCCAAAUGUUGUUUGUAAACUUGAACUCGGUGUAGAAACGAUGCCGUGAAGAAACGAAAUUGUAAAUAAUGUCUAUGAAACGUGUUUACAAACGAGAAGCGUAAGAAGAUAAGGCCAUUAAAUUAAAUUAAACAGCCGCCUUCAGUAUUGCACAGCCGGGGAGUUUGUAGACGGUGCCUGCGCGCUGGGGGAAGAGGAGGAUACAGCUGAGAAUAUCGGCUGGGAACAAGAAGAAAAGAACAAAACAAAUCAAAAAAUAAACAUUAAAACACGGGAAGAUGCGGUAGCACGCCUCGGAACUGCACGGCGACGUACAUGAAACGCAGUGCCGGUUGGUUGCAGUCUCUGCAGUAUGGACCCUGACAAUAGCAGCUGCAGUUCAGGUGUGACUGGUCCCAGUCCGUCCCGCAGACUGGUGGACCUGCAGUUUCCAAACUACAGCGCGGUGCUGCUGGAGCACCUGAAUCAGCACCGCGAGGAGGGCAAGUUCUGCGACCUGGCGGUGCACGUGAGGGGGCAGGUGUUCCGCGCGCACAAGGCUGUGCUGGCCGCCUCCUCCUCCUACUUCCAUGACAAGCUGAUGCUGAGGGACAGCGACGUCAUUGUCCUGCCCAGUGUGAUCGAACCCAGGGCCUUCGCAGGGCUGCUGGGGCUCAUAUACACCGGCCGGCUGCGGGUCACAGUGCAGGACAUGCCCAGCUACUUGCUGGUGGCCAGCGGCCUGCAGCUCUGGCAUGUUGUGGACCGAUGUAAAGAGAUACUGAAGAGGGAAGAGGAGCAGAAGCAUUUCAGUAAGAAGAGAUCGUACAGAAACUGUCGCUCCACCUCUCAGUCUCCCAGUAGCAGCCAGGUACUGGUGGGGUGUCGAGAGGAUACUGGGGGCAGAGACUGCGCAGCGAGGGUGCACACUCAGGAGGGCCUGGCUGUGAGGAGAGAGUGGGAGGGGGGCAGGCAAGGGGGCCCCGAGGGGCAGGAGGGGGAGGACGGGCCGUGUCUCAGACCCAACAGCAACAGCAAGACCAAGGAGGAGCUGUACUACUCUACAGAACGAGAGGACCAUUAUUACUAUAGCAACAGCAACAACACCACCGGCAAAGACGAGGAGUAUGAGGUGGAUGAGGACAUGGAGGGGGCAGAGACUGAGGACGAUGAUGUCAUCAAGGUGCAUGUCCAAUCAGAGGAGGAGGAGGAGGAGGAGGAGGAGGGAGGGGUGCUGAAUGCAGAAAGGAGGAGAGAUGGCGAAGGAGAGAUUUGCAGUGGCUCUAUUGAUGAGAACGGGAGGAUGGUGAUGAUUGAGGUCGACAGGGAGAGGGGGAGAGAGAGGAAGAGGGGGCCGCUGGAGAGGGAGGCAGCAGCCAGCUAUUCAUACAAGCUUGUACACAAACAGGACAGCCAACCAAGCCCCGAGCACAGACAACAAGCCCUUUCAAAUUCCUCAAACUGGUUUUCCACAGCCGCAGGGGCAGCAAGUGUGCACGACUCGAGCGGGGGGGCUUUCUCGAGCAUGGGGGAGCUCCGACUGGGGCGACUGGGAACGCUGGGAGCUGGCAGCGGACUGGUUCAUGUGAAGGAGGAGAGUUGGGAGGAGGGUGAGAGAGAAGGGAAAGUGCAGACCAACGGGAGUGGACAGGGAAUGAACUUCAUUGAUUCCAUCAGUGGAAGUGUUACCUGUAAGAGUAAUGAUGAGGUGAGCCAGGCUGGUUUCACUGUGUACUCCGAGGGAGCGGGUGGGAGGAGCAGUGACUGUUUCCUGCUCUCUGCCCUGCACAGCAAGGAGCCCGGCCCGGUCUCUCUGCUGGCUGCUGGGUCGGUCGUGGUGGAUUCUGCCUCUUUCCCCGACGGCACCAGAGUCAUCGCAGACCCCACGGGUUACCCUGCCAACGCUGUCACCCAGCAACCCAUGGAUAUCCACGGCAACGAGAUCGUCACUCACGCCUCUCUGGGCCAGGCAGUGCACGCCCCGGUCAAGAUCCUGUCCGUGGAGCCCGACGGCAAGCGAUUCGGCUGCCUGUGUGGAAAGCGCUUCGCGGUGAAGCCCAAGAGAGACCGGCACAUCAUGCUGACCCUGAGCGUGCGUCCCUUCGACUGCUCCGUCUGCGAGAAGAAGUUCAAACUGAAGCACCACCUGAACGAGCACAUGAAGACACACACGGGCUUCCUGUACAAGUGUGAGCGCUGCGGCCGCAAGUUCAGAAUGAGGAGCUGCUACCUGAAGCACCUGCAGCAGGAGGAGGAGCAGCUGCAGCAGCAAAGUGCCAGUGCAAGCAGCGUGCUGUGAGGGACUGAGAGCGAGGGCACCGCUGUCCGUUUUGUCUAAAUGGAUCAUGGAGGCUUGGAAGGCAACACCUUCAGAUGUCAUCAAACGCAUUUCAGAAGCGCUGUGCUUCCAACAGGCUUGACGAGAGUGAAGAUGACUGUCUGUGGAGCGGUGAUGAUGUCAUUCCAGUAGAAACUGCUGACACUGAUGAAGAGGGUGAACAUGAUGAGGGCAGUGCUCUCUUAAAAUGGAACGGAGGGGAAAACAAAGACACUGAAUGAACAAACAAACUCAGACUUUAUUGAAAUCUUUACAGGACUUGGUAGCUGAACAUAUGCUGUCCUGUGAAAGCAACAAGGACAAUAAAACUGACUAAAAUAAAACUUUCAUUUAUCAUUUCCCAGCUAA